AUGUGUGUUGCGGCGCCCACGCCCCCUCGUACACUCAGUCCAAGUACUGAAGGACGGGCGUCCGCCGCGCAAGCGUUUCAGCGCCACGAGGGGUCUCCGAGCUUCGACGCCAACGCGGACAAGCCGCUUAAGGGGCCGGUGGCAGAGGGACACGGGCAACAACGGCACUCCCGGCAGAGUAGCAUCUCCGACUGGCUACAGACGCCCCAGCCGGCGGGCGGCGGGCCGGUCGUGCCUCGCAUGGGGUCCAGCGCGUCGGGCGGGGGGCGAGGUUUCCAUACACCCGACCCGCACCGGACGGCGGCCAUGCCAAGCGGCGGUGACAGCGAUGAGGGGGUUGCGACCCCCCUGUUUCAGCUGAGGGCGAUAGCGGAGAGGCGCCAGCAAGACGCCCAGGUCCCGCGGCAGCUGCAUCCUCAUUCGCGCGAGAAGGUUAGGGACAUGGUGCUGUGCACGCUCCGAGCGCUCGCCGACGGCAAAGGCGACCACGGGCGAGACGGCGCCAACAGAAGCGACAGCAGCAGCAGCGGCGGUGGCGGGGGAGACGCCGCGGCACGCGAUUGGAGGAUGGCCACUCCUCCGCCUCGUCAAGCUCUGGGGCCACAGAGAACGUUGGGCCAAGAUGGUGCCCCCCCCUCCACCAACGCGAGCGUGCAGCCGAACGCCAAGAAGGCGAAAAAGGACAGAAAACCUUACCGUUGCAAGGCUUGCGGCCAGCUGAAGUACAAACACGAGUGCCCGUUGAAGCUCGUCUACUCCCAAGUCGACAUCUGCACGACGGGGUCCCAGACUGACCCCCUUCCUCCGGGCACGGUCUUCGAAGCUCCCGACAUGCCGGUGCCGUCGGAGAACGGCGACAACGUCCUCUGGUGCGGGCCGUACCACCCGGUGCUCAACAACCACGACGAAGAAACGGGACGUUCUUGGCACGUAGCGGGGAUGACCGGGGUGUCUGCGGCGGGGUCGCCCAACACGGGUAUGGCAGGCGCGGGGUGUUCUGUGGCACCGACAUCAGCGGCGGGAGCCUACGAUUCGACCGCUUGGAGCGGGCUGGAGAACUAG